AUGAAGAAUGAGACAGAAGUGACUGAGUUCAUCCUCCUUGGACUAACCAAUGACCCAGAACUGCAGAUCCCUCUCUUUAUAAUGUUCACUCUCAUUUACCUCAUCACACUGAUUGGAAAUUUGGGGAUUAUGGUGCUGAUUCUCUUGGACUCUCGUCUCCACACUCCUAUGUACUUUUUCCUCAGUAACCUGUCUCUUGUGGAUUUGUGUUACUCUUCAGCUGUCACUCCUACAGUCAUAACUGGGUUCCUUGUAGGAGAUAAUGUCAUCUCCUACAAUGCAUGUGCUGCUCAGAUGUUCUUUUUUAUAGCCUUUGCCACUGUGGAAAAUUACCUCUUGUCCUCAAUGGCCUAUGACCGCUAUGUAGCAGUGUGCAAACCCCUACACUACACCACCACCAUGACGACAGGUGUAUGUGUGCAUAUGGCCAUAGGCUCCUAUAUCUAUGGUUUCCUGAAUGCCUCCAUUCACACUGGGGACACUUUUAGUCUCUCUUUCUGUGAGUCCAAUGUGAUCCAUCAGUUUUUCUGUGAUGUUCCAGCAGUCAUGGCUCUCUCUUGCUCUGACAAACAUAUUAGUGAGCAGAUUCUUGUUUCUGUGGCAAGCUUCAACAUCCUUUCUGCUCUCCUGGUUAUCUUGAUUUCCUACCUGUUCAUAUUUGUCACCAUCCUAAAGAUGCACUCAUCUUCAGGGUAUCAGAAGGCUCUCUCCACCUGUGCUUCUCACCUCACUGCAGUCUUCAUCUUCUAUGGAACUAUUAUCUUUAUGUACUUAAAACCCAGCUCCAGUCAUUCCCUGGACACAGACAAGGUGGCCUCUGUGUUCUAUACUAUGGUCAUCCCCAUGUUGAACCCUCUGGUCUAUAGCCUGAGGAACAAGGAGGUCAAGAGUGCAUUCAAGAAGGUUGUUUCAAAGGCAGAAUUAUUUUCUUUAGGAUUAUGAUUUCAACAUUGUGCAAUGUUCAAUAACCUAGUUUCAUUAAGGCCACAGUAAGAUUAAGGUCCCAAAGUAAUAUCCUUACCUAUUCAAAAGUCUCU